GUUCUUUCACGCUUAUGCUGUGGAUCCGCGUGGCCUGGAAAAUGGUUCCGUAUUUAAAUUUUAGUUCUACAUUGUAAUGCCUUGUGUCUUUCCAUAGCAGUCUUUUGCAUGCAUUGCAGCCGUAGUGACUGCACGGUCCUCCCGAUCCACUUCCGGUGUUCACGCCAUACGUGUCCUGACUGCCGUGUUCCUGUUCAUUUGGUUCCCCUCUUUCUGUUCCUCGUGUGUCCUCAGUUGUGUUCCCCGCGUCUGUGUCCGUGUGCUCUCUCGUGCGUGUUCUUCCCUACGUUUACCCACCUUCGGGAGCCGCAGAUACUUUCUUGCUGUGUUUUCUUUUCAGUGGAAACCAAGUCCAAAUGUCUCUUUUGGGUGUUUAAUUCAAAUUUUGAAAACAUUAGAUGGCAAACUCACAAAAUAGAGACAUGCGUGUUUGUAUUAGAUUGUAAUUACUCUUGAAGAGUAUUUACAUUUCCAUAUGCCCCGACAUUCCAGAGAACAUGAGCCAUGUAUUGUACAGUAUGUGCUCCACUUCCUGGAAAUCCUAAUCUUUCACUUGGGGGAUGAGGAUCUCAAAUGCGGCUGAGCGGAGCCACCAAGAGUUUUACCAAGAGCAUCUCGUGUCUUGGGUAAACAGCGCCUCUUGGUGGACGCUGAACAUCUGUACACUGUGCACUCUGUCGCCAACCCGGCCACCGUAGCAACAACAACUAGCGUUAGCCGAGAUUUAAUCGUAUCUCUUCGGCUUUAACGCGUAUCUGUGAGGUGUCGGCUCUGAAUUUCAAUCCGCGAUGUGCUCCGUGGUCGGAUGCGCUUCAUGGCGCCGCGCUGCGCGUCGGUUCAAGUUGCCGGAGGAUCCCGAGAGGAGGCUGGAGUGGGUCCAGUUUCUGGCUGCGGUCAACAAGCAGCGGUUUAAAGAGUCGUCCUGGACUGACAUCACCAUUUGUAGCGAGCACUUUGAGGACGACUGCUUCGAAAAACAGGAGCCGCAUUUGGGUUUGACUGACAAGCUCCAGCUGAAAGCCAGCGCUGUCCCAAUUGCGUGCGUCCGACAAGAAGCACAUCUGGAGAGAGACACAUCUGGGGAGCCUGUGGAAAACAGUGGACUGGUUUUUCAGCAUGAUCAACUAAAAUCAGAUAUCCAAGGACAGUCAGCCCCAAAAGAAACAUUGUGUUCAGUCGAGGAAGAAAUAUCAUCAGGAGUAAAGAUGAAACCAAAAAACGUAAACAAUGACCUGACUAAAGAAAAUAUUUCACUUAAAAUGCAUUUUAGAGCUAAGCUGCUAAAGAUGAAGGGGAAGUACGUUGUGAAUGAAAAACGCCUCCUGCAGCUGUUCAGUAGCCGGUGCCCAUGGUGCGGAGGUAAACUUCAGCUGGAGAGGGUCGUCUGUGGAGUCCUUCUCACCGUGAACCAGCAGUGCCUCCAGUGCGAGUACAGGAAUCAGUGGAAAAGCCAAGCCGAUACCAGCGUCACAGCAGUGGAAGAGCAGUUCAUGACAGGAGCCAUAGAAAUAAUGUCAGAGGCACCUCUAGUGGACGCCAGCGGUACUGCAGCUGCUUCUGAGGUUGUUGCCAUUAUUGAUGAGGAGAGUGUUGCCAUGGACGAAGCAGAGGACACGGCUGAUCAGGGUGACACGGACUCAGAGGACGAAUGGAUGGCGGUGAAUGAGUCGUAUUCAGCUAGACUGCUCCAAGCAGAGCCUGGCGAGGAAACGGAUGAUGAAGGCAAAGAGGAAUAUGAACGAUAUCCCUCGCAUACUCCCAGAUACACAAAAUACAGUCAGCUCUGCACAGAGUGUGGGAUGUUUUAUGGCAGACGGUGGCCUCAUACAUGCGAGCACAAGACUAAACCCUUUUCCUGUAAUAUUUGUGGCAAGAGGUGUGUCAGCGAAAUCGCUCUAAACAAUCACAACAGGAUUCACGACGAAAACUAUGAGCAUCGGUGCAAAUACUGCAACGUUACGUUCAAAACAAAGGUGGACAAGGUCACUCAUGAGCAGAUUCACGUAAUUGAUGGAAAACCCUACAAGUGUUCAGACUGUUCAGAGACGUUUGCCACCAACAAAGAACGCAAAGUCCACAUGGAACAUCACAGAGGCCCCAAACAGCUAACAUGUCACAUCUGUGGAAUUGAUUUUCUGUGGCCCCUCUCUCUGCAAAGGCACUUAGCUGUGCACACAGGAGAGAAGCCAUAUACAUGUUCAGUAUGCCAGCGUGGCUUUAACCAGGCGGGCCACCUGAAGUCACACAUGCGCCUGCACACGGGAGAGAGACCCUACAAGUGUCAGCACUGUGACAAGUGCUUCAAUCACAACGUGAGCUUGAAGAGUCACGUCCAACGCUACCACUCAUCAAAAUCUGGACAUGAACAAAAAAAGCCAGAUCAAAGGGCAAGUCACAGCUGUGACACGCUGGAAGAUGGGGACAGGAGAGCUACACACUCUGAGCCUGACAAUGGAGAUGAAGAACUGGAUACAGAGGAGGAGGAGGAGAGGAUGUACAAGCUAAAAAAGAAAAAGAGAAGUACAGGGAGACCCAUAGGAAGACCAAAGAACUUUGCAUCUAAUAAUGUAGUUCUUGCAGUUCAAACAGCGGGAACUGGAACAAACAGUAAAAAUAAAAAACUACAAAUGCAGAGGACAAAGAAUAAACAACGCAGUAAUGAAGAAAAUGAGGAGGAGCUCAGUGACGGCAACAAAACCUCUAGAUCAGCACAGGAGGAGGAGAACACAGCGAAACCAUUGGAACGUUUGGACAGUGACACAGGUUUUGGUCCGGAAGACACAAAGAAAACAAAAUGCAGCAACCAGAACAGUGGUAAAAUCACAGGGAAGCGUAGUGGAAGAAGAAUAUGAUGGUGUAAAGGCUAUAGAAUGAAUCUAUGGGAGGAAUGCAGCAGCAUUGUAGCACAGAUGCUUAAUAAAGCUGGACUGAUCUCUAGAAAAUUGCUUAUUGUGACAAACUCCCAGGCAAAGGUUUGUUAUUGUUUGUCACUGUGUAGUGAAUAUGGUCCUACAUUAAAAUAUUGAAAUGUUCUCUAGUGUCAGAUCAUAGAAGUGCUGGCGUUAUGCUCCUCUGGUGUUUUUUGUUGUAAAUCUGCACUUGAUAAUAGAUAGAAAAUUAUCCACGAAUACAGUAACUUGAGUAAUUCAAUAAACGUAUUACAGUAACGUUGACCUAUUCUUGCCGAACGGGAUACGCCUGAUAUCAAACCCAACAACCCCGUCAUGAAACCCCGCCCACUCCGUGUCUGUCAUUGCCGUUGCAGAAUUCGCUCGUUUUUGUUUUGCACGUGUUUAAAUUGGCGAAGAUUUGGUUUAAGCGGUGGACUGAUGUACCUAAAACUAGACACUCGUUGUGUCAGACGCUUCUGGAGCAACUGAACUUAGUAUCUCACUCACCGGGAGCGGACGAACAUGGCAGCAAAGUCCCCCCAUAAAAAGUGCUCCGUUCUCGGGUGUUGUAAAUCACACCAAAAUCUAUUCAAUCUCCCAAGGGAUCAACACGUGCGGGCUGUGUGGGUUACCUUUAUUUUACACGGACCCGUGCCGGCAACGCUGCCCCAGCAUUUGUACGUAUGUGCGCUGCACUUCACCUCGGACUGCUUCGAGAACGAGGGCGCGUACACUGCUGGGUUUGUUUCACGGCUCCUGUUGAAGAAAGGCUCUAUUCCCACAGUCCGUCAUCCCCUCGCUGCAGUAAGCACAUGCUCGAUACGUAUGAUGUCUUAAUAUUCAAGUUUGUCUGUUUAAAAUGUAGUAACCCACGUGUGUGAGGCGAGCUACUAGCUAGUGGCAUGCUAGCGGCUACAGCCCGUUGUGCCGUUGAAAUGUGCUGCUGUGGGUUCGGGAUCAUUGUUGUGUUACACUACCGGACCAGCUGGCCAUUGUCGACGCUCUCUUCUAAUGUAUUCAAAUAGGCGUGAGUCCUGCAGUGGGCCUUCUUCUUCUGUGGUGGAUGGCAUCUCAAUGUCGCGCUAAUGCCCCUACCGUGUGCCCCUUAUAUGUAAAAAGUCUGACUGUUUUAUCUAUAUGUAUGUAGUAGACUCAGUGAGUGUGAUUUAAAACCCAAUACGGUCCUGUUUCAGUGAUUAUAGUUUGGUUUAGCACAGGCUAAAUGUUAGCUAUACUGGUAUACAGCUAUUAAAGCGACUAGGACAUAGCAUCAAAAUGAAAGCAACAGCAUUAGGAUGGUUUAAAUCCUACUUGUUGUACAGAUUCCAGUUUGUUCAUGUAAAUGACACAUCCUCCACAUGUGCACGGAUUAGCUUUAGAGUAGCACAGGAUUCUGUGCUUGGUCCAAUACUGUUCAGUUUAUACAUGUCUCCUCUGGGUGACAUUAUUAGGAAGCAUUCUACAACUUACAACUGCUACGCAGGUGACACUCAGCUAUACAUGUCUUUGGAACCAAAUAAAAAUCAAAAGUCUAA